CCGCCACCGGAACCGGGAGCGGGUGUCGGAGCGGCACGGAGGCGGGCGGGCCGCUCUGCUGGAGCCAGCGCGCUCGGCUGCAGCUGCUGGCGGCGCGGUGGCCGCGCCGUGACGGCGACAUGACCCUCAAGUCGGGCCGCAGCGACAGCGUGAGCAGCAUGAGGACGGCGCUCUCCGACCUCUACCUGGAGCAUCUGCUGCAGAGCCGGCCCAAGCCCGAGGCCGUCCCCCAGUCCCUCAACGCCUUGACCGAGGACAUUUACACCAACGGGUCGGCGAUGCUGGGCAGCCCCUCGCACGCCAACGGCCGCGAGGUGCGCAAGAUUCGCCUGGUGCAGUUCGAGAAGGCCACGGAGGAGCCCAUGGGGAUCACGCUGAAGCUGAACGACAAGCAGAGCUGCAUGGUGGCCAGGAUCAUCCACGGGGGCAUGAUCCACCGGCAAGGCUCCCUUCACGUGGGCGACGAAAUCAUAGAAAUCAAUGGGCAGAGCGUGAGCAACCAGUCGGUUGACCAGCUGCAGAAGAUGCUGAAAGAAACCAAGGGGACAGUCUCCAUAAAAGUCAUUCCCAAUCAGCAAAGCCGCCUUCCUGCUUUCCAGAUGUUCAUGAGGGCCCAGUUCGACUACGACCCCAAGAAGGACACCCUGAUCCCCUGCAAGGAGGCAGGGCUCAAGUUCCAGACCGGAGACGUCAUCCAUAUCAUCAACAAGGACGACAGCAACUGGUGGCAGGGCCGCGUGGAGGGCUCCUCUACGGAGGCGGUCGGCCUCAUCCCCUCUCCGGAGCUGCAGGAAUGGCGUGUGGCGAGCGUCACCCAGUCGAGCCAGAGUGAAGCCCAGAGCUGCAGCCCCUUCGGGAAGAAGAAGAAAUGCAAAGAUAAAUACCUGGCCAAGCACAGCUCAAUUUUUGACCAGCUGGAUGUGGUGUCCUACGAGGAGGUGGUGAGGCUGCCCGCCUUCAAGAGGAAGACACUGGUGCUCAUAGGGGCCAGCGGCGUGGGGCGCAGCCACAUCAAGAACGCGCUGCUCAGCAGCAACCCGGACAAGUUCAUGUACCCAGCGCCCUACACCACGCGCCCGCAGAAGAAGAACGAGGUGGACGGCAAGGACUACUACUUUGUCUCCACGGAGGAGAUGACCCGGGACAUCUCGGCCAACGAGUUCCUGGAGUUCGGAAGCUACCAGGGCAACAUGUUCGGCACCAAGUUCGAGACCGUGCACAAGAUCCACGAGCAGGACAAAGUUGCCAUUCUGGACAUCGAACCCCAGACCCUCAAGAUCGUGCGCACGGCCGAGCUCUCCCCGUUCAUCGUCUUCAUUGCCCCCACGGACAAGGCGGAGCAGUCGGAGGCUUUGCAGCAGCUCCGCAAGGACUCGGAGAGCAUCCGCAGCCGCUACGCGCACUACUUCGACCUCUCGCUGGUCAACAACGGCGUGGACGAGAGCCUGCAGCUGCUGCAGGACGCCUUCGAGCAGGCCUGCAGCUCCCCGCAGUGGGUGCCUGUCUCCUGGGUGUACUGAGCGUGCCUGUGCUCAGCCUGCAGCAAUGGGGGGAAGAGGAGCCGCCUCCUCCUCGGCUCCCCCGUUGAUAGCGCCCCACACAUCCCCCUGCCUCCGUUCCAUGGACACGGGCUCCUUGAGCCGCCAGGCACAGCACGGAGCUGGUGCCAGGGCAUCCUUGGGCUCAGGGCAGCUCCUGCCUCCCCGGGCACGGAAAAAGCACAACCCUGCAGGAGCCUCCUGCCCACCUUGGACUUGGCAGCCAAGGGAAUGGAUCCCUACAGCCCUAGGGGAGCUGUAGCCCAAGGGGCUCCCAUGCAGUGACACCCUGGGCCGUGCGCUCCCAAGCACAAGGGUUUCUCCUUCGGGCCAGGGAACGUCACCGGGGAUGGGACACGGGAGGCUUGGAGGGCACUGUCCCCUGGGCCCAGGGGUUUGGGGCUUCUGACUCACCCUGUGCAACUCUAACUUGUAAAACUCCCUGUAUUUAAAUUCUCACUCCAAUUGCUACAGGCUGGACAGAGAAAUUCAGCAGCAGCCAAGUCCCACAGACCCAACCCUAGAGGGACAAUUCAUUAAGUAAAUUAGAGCCAGUAAGUUAUCCAUUGCAUGCAGUAGAAACGGUGUCUCUACAGUGAUCAUCCAGGCAUGUUUUCCAGCAUCUAGGGUGUCUUGCACACUGUAUGCGACCAUAAACCACCCACCCAAGGGCACUCCUUGGGCUGCAGGAGUGACCCAGGGCCCGACGCUGUCCAGGCUUCACCACAGCUCCUGGCAAACCAUGGCCAUGG